CGAGGACGGCGUGCGUGCGAGCGUGCGGGAGCGGGGCACGGAUCCAGCGGAGAGAGAGGAGAGCGGCAUGGAGCGUCCGGCGCCCCGUGCCUGCCUCUCCCUACUCCUGGGCUGCGUUCUGGGCGCCGUCGCGGCGCAGGGCAAGGAAGUUGUAUUGUUGGACUUCGCUGCUGCUAAGGGGGAGCUCGGCUGGCUCACACACCCAUAUGGCAAAGGGUGGGAUCUGAUGCAGAACAUCAUGGACGAUGUGCCCAUCUACAUGUAUUCCGUGUGCAACGUGGUGGCCGGUGACCAGGAUAACUGGCUCCGCACCAACUGGGUGUACCGUGGUGAGGCCGAGCGCAUCUUCAUCGAGCUCAAGUUCACUGUGCGUGACUGCAACAGCUUCCCCGGCGGCGCCAGCUCCUGCAAGGAGACCUUCAACCUUUAUUACGCCGAGUCAGAUGUGGACUAUGGCACCAACUUCCAGAAGCGCCAGUUCACCAAGAUCGACACCAUCGCGCCCGACGAGAUCACGGGCAGCAGCGACUUCGAGGCCCGCAACGUGAAGCUGAAUGUGGAGGAGCGCUCUGUGGGGCCUCUCACCCGCAAGGGCUUCUAUCUCGCCUUCCAGGACAUUGGUGCCUGCGUGGCGCUGCUCUCUGUCCGAGUCUACUACAAAAAGUGCCCCGAGCAGCUACAGGGCCUGGCCCGCUUCCCUGAGACCAUCGCAGGCUCUGAUGCACCCUCGCUGGCCACCGUGGCUGGCACCUGUGUAGAGCAUGCUGUGGUUCCACCUGGCGGUGAUGAACCCCGCAUGCACUGCGCGGUCGACGGCGAGUGGCUGGUGCCCAUCGGUCAGUGCCUGUGCCAGGCAGGGUACGAGAAGGUGGAGGACGCCUGCCAGGCCUGCUCGCCUGGAUUCUUCAAGUCCGAGACAUCUGAGAGCCCCUGCUUGGAGUGCCCUGCACACACCCUGCUGUCCUCCGAGGGGGCCACCUACUGUGAGUGUGAGGAAGGCUACUUCCGAGCACCGCAGGACACGCUGUCGAUGCCCUGCACACGCCCGCCUUCUGCUCCAAGCUACCUCACGGCCGUGGGCAUGGGUGCCAAAGUGGAGCUGCGCUGGAUGCCCCCCCUGGACAAAGGGGGCCGUGAAGACAUCACCUACAGGGUCACCUGUGAACAGUGCCUGCCCGAGUCGGGUGAGUGCAGGCCCUGUGAGGCCAGCGUGCGCUAUUCCGAGUCACCGAAUAGGCUGACCCACACCAGCGUGACCGUCAGCGACCUGGAACCCCACAUGAACUACACCUUCGCCGUCGAGGCCCGCAAUGGCGUCUCGGAGCUGGUGGCCAGCCGCAGCAUCCGCACCGCCAGCGUCAGCAUCAACCAGACAGAGCCCCCCAAGGUAAGGCUGGAGGACCGCACCACCACCUCGCUGAGCGUGUCUUGGACCAUCCCGCGGCCGCAGCGCAGCCGCGUGUGGAAGUACGAGGUUACCUACCGCAAGAAGGGCGACUCCAACAGCUACAACGUGCGCCGCACUGAGGACUUCUCUGUGACCCUGGACGACCUGGCUCCAGACACCACCUACCUGGUCCAAGUGCAGGCGCUCACACAGGAGGGACAGGGCGCCGGCAGCAAGGUGCACGAGUUCCAGACGUUGUCCGCGGAAGGAUCUGCCAACAUGGCAGUGAUUGGCGGAGUAAUCGGCAUCGUCAUCUUGGUUCUGGUGCUGGCAGGAAUCGGCUUCUUCAUCCUCCGCAGGAGGAAGAGCCUGCGGACGCGCCAGUCCCCAGAGGACGUUUACUUCUCCAAGUCAGAACAACUGAAGCCCCUGAAGACAUAUGUGGACCCACACACAUAUGAGGACCCCAACCAAGCUGUGCUGAAGUUCACCACCGAGAUCCAUCCGUCCUGUGUCACGCGACAGAAGGUGAUCGGAGCAGGAGAGUUUGGGGAGGUGUACAAGGGGACGCUGAAGGCAUCAGGGAAGAAAGAGGUACCUGUGGCCAUCAAGACGCUGAAAGCCGGCUACACGGAGAAGCAGCGGGUGGACUUCCUCAGCGAGGCCAGCAUCAUGGGCCAGUUCAGCCACCACAACAUCAUCCGCCUGGAAGGCGUCGUCUCCAAAUACAAGCCCAUGAUGAUCAUCACUGAAUACAUGGAGAACGGGGCCCUGGACAAGUUCCUUCGGGAGAAGGACGGCGAGUUCUCCGUGCUGCAGCUGGUGGGCAUGCUGCGGGGCAUCGCGGCCGGCAUGAAGUACCUGGCCAACAUGAACUACGUCCACCGCGACCUGGCCGCCCGCAACAUCCUCGUCAACAGCAACCUGGUCUGCAAGGUGUCUGACUUCGGCUUGUCCCGCGUGCUGGAGGACGACCCUGAGGCCACCUACACCACCAGUGGUGGCAAGAUCCCCAUCCGCUGGACAGCCCCGGAAGCCAUUUCCUACCGCAAGUUUACCUCAGCCAGCGACGUGUGGAGUUACGGCAUUGUCAUGUGGGAGGUGAUGACAUACGGCGAGCGGCCCUACUGGGAGCUGUCAAACCAUGAGGUGAUGAAAGCCAUCAACGACGGCUUCCGGCUGCCCACGCCCAUGGACUGCCCCUCGGCCAUCUACCAGCUCAUGAUGCAGUGCUGGCAGCAGGAGCGGGCCCGCCGCCCCAAGUUCGCCGACAUCGUCAGCAUCCUGGACAAGCUCAUCCGAGCUCCCGACUCCCUCAAGGCCCUGGCUGACUUUGACCCCCGGGUGUCCAUCCGGCUGCCCAGCACCAGCGGCUCGGAGGGAGUGCCCUUCCGCACGGUGCCUGAGUGGCUCGAGUCCAUCAAGAUGCAGCAGUACACAGAGCACUUCCUGGCGGCCGGCUACACCGCCAUCGAGAAGGUGGUGCAGAUGACCAACGAUGACAUCAAGAAGAUUGGUGUGCGGCUGCCCGGCCACCAGAAGCGGAUCGCCUACAGCCUGCUGGGACUCAAGGACCAAGUGAACACAGUGGGGAUCCCCAUCUGAGCUCCGACAGGGUCUUGCGCCCCUUGGCCAAGAAUACUUGAAGCAACGGUGGCCUCCCUACCAGCCCUGCACCUGGCCACUAGGGACCUUAUUUAUUUCUAGUUGUUUCUUACUGGUGCCACCCUGAGGCCUCGGCUGGGGGCGUCUCGGACGACACCCUUGGCCUGAACUGAGGAGAUGCUCAGGGAUCCCGGGCCGGGGGCCUCUUCGCCCACAAAGGACAACCAGCCAAGCACUUAGAUGGCGCCACUUGAACCCAGCAUCCCAGGGCAGGCAGGAGCCCCGCCGAAGCCUUCGCACGUACAUGUGGGACAUUUCCAAACCUGCCUCCCUGUUGCUGUCUCAGGAGGUGGCCACGGGCACAGGGUACUUCAAGCCCCGCCCUCUCACGAGGAGAGGACAGACAGCGAACUCAGCUGGGUGAGACCCAAAGUAGUUCCCUCACCCUCUAGUGCCUUCCGCCAGGCCCUGGCCUCAGCCCCCGUGGGCCUGACUCUUGCUUCCCCAGGGCCCUCACAGGAUGCUUGGUUGUGUUGAGGUUUUUUAAAUGUAUAUUUUGUACUUUGUGGAGAGAAUGUGUGUGUGACAGGGGGCCUGGCUAGGGCUUGGGACAGAGGACAGCCUGUGCCAGACAUUCCUGGGCUGGGGGCUGGUCCGUCCACCUCUUGCCGCGUAAGACAACGUCAUUACUCCAUCAGUGUUAAUGAUUUUGUUUUAUUGGUUAUUUUUUCGAACCUUAAUUUAUUACUUUUUUUAUAUUUAUU